CAGACGGUACCUAGGGGGAUCCGGGCGCAGCCAAUCCUGGCCCGAGGAUUGUGUUGGGGGGCUUGGCAGGGGAUGUCCCGACCCCCCUUUCUGGGCAUCCUGGGGAUGACCCCAGCGCCGGGCCCGGCGCCGGCCGCCUGAUGCCAGGCGAGCUGAGCUGGGGAUGCUGGAACGAAGGGCGUUGCUAUGGCAACGGGAGGCAGGGCCUGGUGGGGGGGACCGGGCCCGGGCUGGGACCGGGGGGGCCGGCGGUGGCUGUGGUGGGGCGAUGGCGGAGCGCGGCCCGGCCUUCUGCGGCCUGUACGACACGUCCUCGCUGCUGCAAUACUGCAACGAUGACAAUUUGUCGGGCACGAGCGGUAUGGAAGUGGACGACCGCGUGUCGGCGCUGGAGCAGCGGCUGCAGUUACAGGAAGACGAGCUGGCGGUCCUAAAGGCGGCGCUGGCGGAUGCUCUGCGUCGCCUGCGGGCAUGCGAAGAACAGGGAGCGGCGCUACGCGCGCGGGGCACCCCCAAGGGCCGGGCGCCUCCGCGCUUAGGCACCACUGCCUCGGUGUGUCAGCUCUUGAAAGGCCUUCCCACCAGGACGCCCCUUAAUGGCUCGGGACCCCCGCGGCGCGUGGGUGGCUAUGCCACGUCCCCAUCCUCUCCCAAGAAGGAGGCGACCUCCGGGCGCAGCAGUGUCCGCCGCUACUUGUCACCAGAGCGCCUCGCCUCGGUGCGCCGUGAGGACCCCCGCAGCCGGACCACAUCCUCCAGCAGCAACUGUAGCGCCAAAAAGGAAGGCAAAACCAAAGAAGUUAUCUUCAGUGUGGAGGAUGGCUCCGUGAAAAUGUUCCUGAGGGGCCGCCCUGUGCCCAUGAUGAUCCCAGACGAGCUGGCACCCACCUACAGCCUGGACACACGCUCGGAGCUGCCUUCUUGCCGGCUCAAGCUGGACUGGGUCUAUGGCUACCGUGGCCGAGACUGCCGGGCCAACCUUUAUUUGCUGCCCACCGGGGAGAUAGUGUACUUUGUGGCCUCCGUAGCCGUGCUAUACAGCGUGGAGGAGCAGAGGCAGCGACACUACCUGGGACACAACGAUGACAUCAAAUGCUUGGCCAUCCACCCAGAUAUGGUCACCAUCGCCACGGGACAGGUGGCGGGCACCACUAAGGAAGGGAAGCCGCUGCCGCCCCACGUGCGCAUCUGGGACUCAGUUUCCCUCUCCACCUUACACGUGCUGGGCUUGGGGGUGUUUGACAGAGCCGUGUGCUGUGUGGGCUUCUCCAAAUCUAAUGGAGGCAACCUGCUCUGUGCAGUGGAUGAAUCCAAUGAUCACAUGCUCUCGGUGUGGGACUGGGCCAAGGAGACCAAGGUGGUGGAUGUCAAGUGCUCCAAUGAGGCUGUAUUGGUGGCCACCUUCCACCCCACGGACCCCACUGUGCUUAUCACCUGCGGGAAAUCUCACAUCUACUUCUGGACCUUGGAGGGGGGCAGCUUGAGCAAGCGGCAAGGCCUCUUUGAGAAACAUGAGAAACCGAAGUAUGUGCUGUGUGUGACCUUUUUGGAAGGUGGCGACGUGGUCACAGGGGACUCUGGGGGGAACCUCUAUGUUUGGGGCAAAGGUGGGAACCGUAUCACACAGGCGGUGCUGGGCGCCCACGACGGCGGCGUGUUUGGGCUCUGCGCCCUGCGGGACGGGACGCUGGUGUCUGGAGGGGGCCGUGAUCGGCGGGUGGUCCUCUGGGGUUCUGACUACAGCAAGCUGCAGGAAGUGGAGGUCCCUGAGGACUUUGGCCCCGUGCGCACCGUGGCAGAGGGCCACGGAGACACACUGUAUGUGGGGACCACCCGCAAUUCCAUCCUGCAGGGCUCCGCGCAUACAGGCUUCUCACUGCUGGUCCAGGGCCAUGUGGAAGAGCUGUGGGGCCUGGCCACACACCCCAGUCGGGCCCAGUUUGUGACCUGCGGGCAGGAUAAGCUGGUGCAUCUAUGGAGCUCAGAUUCCCACCAGCCCCUGUGGAGCAGGAUCAUCGAGGACCCUGCCCGCUCAGCCGGCUUCCACCCCAGUGGCUCUGUCCUGGCUGUGGGUACAGUGACUGGCAGAUGGCUGCUGCUGGACACGGAGACCCAUGACCUGGUGGCUAUCCACACAGACGGCAAUGAACAGAUCUCAGUGGUCAGCUUCUCCCCAGACGGGGCGUACCUGGCCGUGGGCUCCCACGACAACUUGGUGUACGUGUACACGGUGGACCAGGGCGGCCGCAAGGUCAGCCGCCUGGGCAAGUGCUCGGGCCAUUCCAGUUUUAUCACCCACCUGGAUUGGGCCCAGGACAGCAGCUGCUUUGUCACCAACUCCGGGGACUAUGAGAUUCUGUACUACGUGAGCCACCACGCCCGGCCAGAUGCGGGUUUAAAAGCGAUGCUCCUGCUUACGCUGCGGGCUGUGAAGACCCAGCGUGUGAUGCCUCCUCAGCCAGUCCUGACAGGGGACCCGGCUACCUGUAAGCAGAUCACCAGUGCGGAUGCUGUGAGGAACAUGGAAUGGGCCACAGCUACUUGUGUCCUAGGGUUUGGGGUGUUUGGGAUCUGGUCUGAGGGGGCGGACGGCACUGAUAUCAACGCUGUGGCCCGCUCCCAUGAUGGGAAGUUGCUGGCUUCAGCUGAUGACUUUGGCAAAGUUCAUCUGUUUAGCUACCCCUGCUGUCAGCCUCGAGCCCUCAGCCACAAGUACGGUGGACACAGCAGCCAUGUGACAAAUGUGGCCUUCUUGUGGGAUGACAGCAUGGCCCUGACCACAGGGGGCAAGGACACCAGUGUGCUACAGUGGCGGGUGGUCUGAUGCGCCCAGGGAAGAGUCAGGUGUCAGGGCAGGAAUUCUAUUUUCGGGAGAUGUCUAUUGCCGAGUAGAGUAAUAUAUACCCAGAGUAUGUCUAUAGCAGAGGGGGUUAUGGGGGCGGGAGGGUAGAUUGACAGACAGAAGUCUCUAUUUAUCCGGGUGGGAAGAGGGAGUCACAUCGCUUUGGGGAUCCAUCGGUGUUUGGUUUGGGGUGUUUUUUAAGUUUUUUCUUUUGUAUCAUCCAGAAAUAAAGACACGUACACUAA